AUGCCCCACAGUGUGUGCGUUUGUAAGUAUCAUGCUAACUUUAGUUAUCUAGUAGAAAGUAUACAUAAAGAAAUUAAAACAUUUCCACAAAGUUCUAAAGAGUUACUGCUAGCUUUGUGUUGCAACAUUGAUGCAAGUAAGUGUAUGAAUGGAAAAUGCGAGGAAUGUGAGAACGAUAUCGAAUAUACGCUCGUCCCUUUGAGAAUUUUGAGUGAGUAUACUGAGUUGAAUAUAACCUGGAAAUUCUGGCAAAAUUCACUUGGAAGACCACAUCUACUUCAUAUAUCAGGAUCAGUAAAAGCGGCACUUGAAUCCCUGCAGGGAUUACUAGGGUUGGGGAAGCACGCCAAUGUAAAGCACCUAUGUGUGACAUGUGAACAUUUAGAACCAGGGGACAGGAAACAAGCUAGUGAAGCUUGUGACGCGUGGAUUUUAGACACAUGCCGAUUGGAAAUAACCAGAAUUGAAAUCUGCUUGCAGCAGAACGCGUCUUGA